AUGCUAUUCCUGAUUCUCCUGGGAACAUUCAACGCUCACUGCCAAGCACUUGUGGUGUCCCUCAUCACCGGCGACGUCGACCACUGGUGCAAGCCGCCCGAUGGCUUCAACAUCUCUGCCACCGAAUGGAAGCAUAUCGCCAUACCGAUGGAGACCGACGGAAGUUUCAGCCGCUGCCGCGUCUACGAACGCUGCAAGCCGCUCGCUAAACAUGACACACUGGUAGACCGCCAGGGCAUCGGUGCUGUAACACUCUCGGAGGAAUCAUGGUACAACCGAUGCUUCCCUGACCAAGUGCAGGACAUCAACAGCACGCGCGACGCUCCUUGCGAAGCGUGGGACUACGACGUUCGCACUGCUGAGAGCAGCGCAGUGAGCACUUGGAACAUGGUAUGUGACCGCCGGCUGAUGCGGGUUGUCCCCGUGGCCUUGCAGAGCUUCGGCAGCGUUGUUGCUCUCGUCCUGGUCGGAGCCUUCGCCGACUAUAUUUCUAGGAGAACAUUGCUGCUGGGAUCGGCCGUUGCAAUGCUUACGUGCACGAUAUCCACUUUCGUGGCAGCGGGAUACAGGUAUUACGCUAUGGCUCGUUUCCUAGCCGGAUGCAGCGUGGCCGUUAACGGAGUUUUCACCUACAUAAUCCCCUUCGAGUCGAUGACGCACGCUCACAGGCCGCAGCAGGUCCUCCUCCUGGCCGUCAUAGGCGUGGCUUUGUCCGAGGUAUGGACCGUCGUUAUCAAUCCAGUCGUUAUCGACUGGCAUCUGAAGCAGGUCAUCUACCUCGCCCCGGCAGCUCUGAUCCUUCCCGCGCUGUGCUUCGCGCCAGAGUCUCCCCGAUGGCUUGUAGCUAAAGGAAGGUUGGACGCAGCCGAGGCGGUUAUGAUGCGGGCGGCCACCAUCAACAACUUUCCGCUUCCAGCAACGGCGUGUCUCGUGCAGAAGCUCAAGGAACACCUCAAGAACAAUGCGGGUUGUGAAAGCGUCUACAGAGACGACUUGCUCGACGCUGGUUCCUUGAGGUGUCGAGCGCUGGUCCUGUUCGUCCUAGGUUUUUCAAUAUCAUUUGUGUUCAACGUCGUCGCCAUGUCCGUGGUUCAGUACAAGGAGUUUUGGAUCCCGGCCUUCACGGUCGUCAUAACGCUGCUGGCGUACGUAUUGAUGCACUACCUCAUCACCGGCGUCACCCUCGUCACUGUACUAAGCGUCUGCUUCGUGCUCGUCGGCUGCAUACAGUGUGCACUGAGCAUCGCGGGCCGCCGCCACGUUGUCCAAGCUCACCAAGGCCUUGCUGGUGCUUUCUAA